UGAGUCUUUUAAAGAUUCUAACGGUACUCAAAAUGAUCAUCUUAAGUGUCAAAAUUUAAGGUGUCAACUCUCAAUUGCGCAAACCAAAGCCUCCGCUGCAGAGUCCAAAAUUUCGGAUUUAGAGUCUAAACUUUCGGUUGCUGAAGAAAAAAUUACGGGAUUAAAAUCUAAACUUUCUAAUGCUGAAUCCAACUAUCACAUUACCCUUCUUGAAAAUAACAAACUUUUUUCUAAGGUUAACGAAUUACAAUAUGAAAAUUUAUGUCAAAGAGCUUCACGAGAGGGAACACCGAUUACUCAUGAGAGUGUCUCAGCUGCUGUAGCCUGCUCAUGGAGAGGAGAGCCGGAAAAUAUGGUAGAACACUAUGAGGAUAUUGCGAAAGAGGUCAACCGUAUUUAUAAUCUAAAGUUCCCGAAACCGACUUCUCCCCAGAAAGGAUCGGGAGUACGUCAACCACAGCGAAGAAGUAAUGAUAACGCUCUCACGCAUAAUUGUUAUUACUCUCACGAGUGUACAACAUAUUCCGUUUCCAUCGAUAUCGGACACUCUAUAUUCACACUUAAUAGGCCUUCAGUGUGUUCGACAAUGCCUUUGUCUAAUUCUUAUUCACCUACAUACCUCGUCGACAUUUCAUAUGCCAUAAUUAUCUCAUAUUCAUUCCUUAACACGGCUUCAUUUAAUUAUAUGGAUGAGGUCACUCAAAAUGAACGAGAUUUUGCAACUGCGGCUCAUGCUUAA